AUGACCAAAGGCAACUCACAAAAAGCUGUGCAUCCAAAAUCCCGAAAAGCACUCGAGAUGAAGAAACAAGGUCUUCAUAAAAUCAAAAAGAAGGAACAAAAACAAAUACGAGAGAACAAAAUGACUCCGACAUGGAAACGAUAUAAAUUCAUUCAUGAUCAAAUAUUUGGAGAAGAUAUCCGAGUGAAGAAAACACAUUGUUCUGAAGAAGAAAUACAUGAAUUGAUUGAGAAAUAUUUAAAACAUGCAGAUGAUGAAUUUGAUAAAAAGCAUCCCAAGUUAACUCCUAAUUUACGGCUUCAAAAAGAAGCACAUCGAGCUCUUUAUACUUCUGGCUCAGGUCUCGAAUUACCUGACUUGACCAAUCCAGAUGCUUUUGGAAAGUUUAGAAUUUGGAACAAGGAAAAGGAAAGCAUGAUUGGAAUUCCUUCAAAAUCAUUUAGGAAACCAACAGUUUCUACAGAUGCAUCAUCAUCGAAUGAAAUGCAAAAGUAA